AUGAGUUCAAAACGUGAAGCACCAGCUGAUUCAAUUUGGCAGGAUCGUGACAUACGUUUCGAUCUCGAUCCAAGAUUGCUGUGUUUAAUUCCCGGUGAGCAUUUGGUGGAUCGCAUCGAUGGGGUCGAAGAUACCAAAGGCAACAACGGUGACCGCGGUAUUCUGCGAAUAACAAAUCUGCGCAUUAUUUGGCAUGCUCACGCUAUCCCACGCAUAAAUCUCAGCGUCGGAUACAAUGCAGUAGGAGGAGUAACGACUCGAAUGGCCAAGUCGAGAUUACGUGGACAGGCCGAAUCUCUGUAUCUGAUGGCUCGCAACGCAAACACACGUUUUGAAUUCAUUUUCACCUGCAUUAAUCCAUCACAGACGAAGCUGUUUACGACAGUGAUAACAAUCCACCGAGCUUAUGAGACAUCCAAGCUGUAUCGGGAACUGAAGAUGCGUGGCGCAAUCGUUAACGAUGAGCACCAGCUUCGAAUCCUGCCGCAGGAGCAGCAAUGCGAUCGCUUUGACGGCGUUUGGAAUCUAAGCAGUGAUCAGGUCUACAUUUUGGCUCACUCAGAAGUAGCGGAUUGCUACCUUAGUCUUGAGUUCGAAAAUUCUCGAAUCGACUUGCCUUGA